AUGGUAAAAACACGCGGUGAGGAGGCAUAUCAGGCCUAUGAGGAUGAUGUUCAGGAGGAGGCCUAUGAGGGUGAUGUUCAGGAGGAGGCAUUUGAAGCCCCUGACCACGAUGAUGAUGAGGAUGAGCAUGCGGAUGUUGGUGACAUAGAAGAGGAUAUCGGUGGAUUUCCUGGAGGUCCACGUGAUGCUUCAUUGCUGACGCAUUAUGUUCAGCAUGUUGCUUAUGAUAUUUCGCAAGGCCGAGAUCGAGGGGACAUGCUCAAGUUGAUCUUGCACGGUAAAAAAGUUAAUAAGUUAGGACCGUGCGCCGAGGGAAUUCAACACAUUGUGUUGAAUUCCUCUUUGAUGCCUCUCAUAGAGAUUUGCUAUGAUUAUCUUGAUAAGGGCUUGGUGCUUGGUUUCAUAGAGAGAUGA